AUGUCGGUAUGGCGUAGGUGGCAGGUGGAUGCUGUUCCCGAGUGGGGCUCUGCAGUGUGCCCCUGCCUUCUUCGCUUCGCGCAUGGCUGGCCGAGGGAGGCACCACACGCGGCGAGGUCACCGGCCAAAAUAUUUCCCUCGUAUUGGGCAAACGUGGCGGCGCUUAGCGACCGGGAGAAGGAUUUUUUUGUUCAAUGCGUGGAGUACAUUCGCUACGGCGUCGACAUGCGCCCGACGCCGUCGGUGGUGCGCGCGCUGAAUCGCCUCGGGGGUGUUGCGGUGGCCGAACGCAUUGAGCCCAGUGGAGCCGCGGGGGAUGCGACGGACACGAUAUGUGACGUUGUGCUGAUGCCCGACGGGCGACCGUGCAUGGGGUGGUUUCUCGAUAAGUUUGAUUUCCGCCACUACGCUGCUGUGGUUGCCGCGAUGGAGGAGCGUUGGCGGGCGUCGUCGGGGUCCUUGUGGGCACUGAAGGAGCGUGGCAUUGCUGCCCAGUUGAAUUCAAUGACCGCAUGGAACAGGCAGGAGAGUGUUUUUAGUGGGGCCGAGAAGUGGACCAGGGAACGAAUGCAGGCCUACGUCUCUAGACAUGCGCGGUUCGCAGAGAAGAACGUGUCCUGCGCGGAGCGAAGUGUGGAUAGGGCGCAUCGGUUGUCCUUAUCAAUCUUUUCCCCAUCGACGAACGCGAACCGAGAGACUUUUCUCCCGUCAAUAAGCGGCUGCCUCGCAUCCUUAGAAGGGACAGGCGGUGGCAGCGCCGCUUAUCCAACGCUCUGCCGUUCCUUUGGUUGUGUGCUGGCUUUGCAGCCGCCAGAGUUCAUGGAAUUUCGCCCCCGCGCGCAGACGCUUGGUGUGGCGCUGUGCUCGAUAAGGAGUGAUGACGCGAUGUGCCAAACGUAUCAGCAUCUUGUGCGAGAUGCACUGGAUGCUGUGAAUGGGAGAGCGCCUUCCCCGCCUGCCGCAUAUAUUUCCACCGCACUAACUAACGCCGUGCGCAGCCUUCUUAAUGAUUUAACGAGCGUGGACAACACAUGGGUAUGGUUUCCAAGAGUUGUGACACUCUGCCUUGUGGCGCCGACACCAUGUGGCAGAGACGAGGGCAUCCGCGCCGCAGUUCUUGCCCUCCCUGCUCUUGAGAACUACCUGGACGCGUAUGAGGCCGCCCUUCUGCAACAGCACGUCUCUUUUGAUAGGCCAAGCGACGCGGACGAAGACGCCUCUUCUCGCGGAGAUUUGGGUCUGGUGGACAAUGCGGUGUUGGAUCGGAUACUCUCUGGGGAGGCCGCUGCUCCUCUGCUUGGCGGUGGCGAUGAUGAUGAUGUCGCGGGGAGGGGUCCGCGUCGUCUCGACCUCGCUGCGGCUUGGAUGCCGGGCGUGGGAUUGGAUUCAUCUUUUUAUGUCUCCAACCUUCUUGCCGCCUGCGACGCUCUUUCCGGCAUGCUUGCCGUGACGGAGUCGAUGCAACACGCGCAGGCUGCAUCGCAGCGGGCUGUGUAUAGGUUUCGACACAAACUUCGAGUCCAUGUUUUGCGUCGAUUUGGAUUUGUGAUUGCCUCGAAAUUGUGGGGAACUCCUUUCAGUGGCAGGGCGUUGCCUUUUUUAAAUGCCCUGUGCACUUCCUUGCACCCCGCGGCAAGCAUCACGGUAUUUCGCUUUAGAAAUGAAGCACAAAUGCCGCACCCAUUUGAUGCCGUUGCGGAGCCUUCGCCAUUGUUGCGCUCCCUUGCGACUAGGCACCUUGCCUUCCCCGGCGCCUCUCCCUGCUUCUGCGUUGAGUGUGGCACAGUGCAGCAGCUGAGGGCGUUGGCCGUCGGGACGGAGAAGCAAAAAACUCUCCGCUGCUUCUUUGCUCCAGGUGCUCCGAAGGGAAUUUCAUCCCUCGACUUUAUUCUGCGUGGGAACACUUUCCAGGAUCUGGCGGCUGCCGGAAUGGGGCGACUUGAGGAAGCGCCUGAAGCUCCAUUUGUGGAUGUCGCUGCCGAGGUGGAGGAAGGCCGAAUUGUUGUGCGCCUGCUAAAGGCGCCCCACUGCCUGUGA